UGCGCGCGACCACCAGUUCGACCACGUACAGACGAUAGACGUGUUACUCGCGUACAGUAUCGAGCAAAGAAAUAUAAAUAAACAAUUGUUAAUUUACUAGCAAAACUGUCUCUACGAUCGUUACGACAGCCUUGAAUAAUAACUUAAACUUAUACGUUAUACAUGAUGGAAAGACAGUUUACAUUCUAAAGUUUCGCAUAUUUUAUUCACACAUCCAGUGUAUCAAUGGAUGACAACCUUUAUAUUUUUUUUCGCAAUGACAAAGAAAGAAUAGAAAAAGAUAUUUGACUGAAAAUUUUCUGGAAAAGUGCUGGAAGAUGAAUGUUUAUUGGCAGAGUGUUGUUAGUGUAGCCAGCCAAAAAUGAUGUGUAUUGACGAAAGUAAUCAAGUAGUUUUAGUAAUGUUUACGAAAAAAAGCCAAUUACUUCGAUACAAGUGUACAACGUUAUGUUCCUUGAAAGAUACGCGUAGAACAAGCAGAACGACGGAAUCAAUCCCCGGUUUAUUGAUUCUGUGAGAUGAACUGAUUCGAAAAGAGGACAGGGGCUAGAGUUAUCCAAGGGGCUAGAGUUAUCCAAGGGGCUAGAGCUUACUACCCAACUCGUUGAGUAACCAGGGUAUACGGAGACCUCUUUGACUAGUUAUACGCAUAUAUACUAAUGUUGCUGACCACUCAGCAUAACUAGUAAAACUAUUGUAAAUCGUAAUCGGCUGUCAUUCAAGGAAAAUGAAAAAGAGGUUUGUCCUCGGCUUCCUGUGCACCAUCGUAAUUUUCAUCCUGAUAAUUUCCACCGAUAACGGUUUCAUUCAACACAUAUCACCGUUCGUGAUUGGUGUUUGGAACGACAUCACGUGCUACGAAGAAGAAAGCACGCCGGAUGGCCUUCCGGAUUUUGAUCCGCAGUUAGAUAAACCAAUGACGGAUAGAAAUAUCUUCUUCCACGAGACAUCCUGCUUCGACAAAGAUGGUUUGGUGCUGAACGCUCGUCAAGCAUGUGCCGUCGAAUCCGCGGCUAAAAUGAAUCCAAGUAUGAACGUGUAUUUGCUGUUCAUCUCCCCUUCGAAGAUUUCGGAUCAAUCAAGAGAAAUGUUCAAUCAACUGCAAACCUAUUCGAACGUUCGGAUCAGGCAUAUUAAACCUGAAAAAUACAUGAGGGACACACCUCUGCAUCUAUGGUAUAGUAGUGGCAUAUUGAAAAAAAGUUAUUGGCCAAGAAGUCAUAUGUCAGAUAUUCUCAGAUACCUGACCCUUUGGAAAUAUGGAGGAAUAUAUUUGGAUCUGGAUGUUGUUGUCAUCGCAUCCCUCGAACGUUUAACAAACUUUGCCGGUGCCGAAGACUGGAAAAAUGUUGCUGCCGGUGUUAUGGGAUUUGACGUUACAGAGUUGGGUCGUCGUAUGGCAGAUGCCUGCAUUCGCGAUAUGCGAGCGAACUUCCGAGGUGACGUCUGGGGCAACAAUGGACCUGGUGUGAUCACUAGAACGUUGCAAAAACUCUGCUCAACUAAAUACGUUCGUGACAUGACCACAAGUCGGUGUCAUGGCUUUAAAGUUUUCUCUCCAUCGACCUUUUAUCCGAUUCAUUACGAGAAAUGGAAGAUAUAUUUUGAAACAAAGGACAAAAACACAACGAUGCAGAUCGUGAACAAGGCGAUGGCCAUUCACGUGUGGAAUAAAUUCAGCAAAUUCGAAAAAGUGGACGUAAAUAACGAUGUUCCGUACGUGAUCAUCGCGAGAAAACAUUGUCCAAAGAUUUUUAACAAUUGUGGAAAGAUAUUUUAAAGAAUAGAAGUGAAUCUAAACAAAAUAUCUUCUACAUUAUGUCUUGUAUGUAUGUACAUAAUUUUUUACGAUAACAAACUCUAUGCUUUGUAGUUUGUACACUAUUUCUUAUUUAAAUGAUCAAUACGGGUGCUUGUACUCGUGUUUUUCUUAAAAUAUUGGUAAAAGAUGAUGCAGUUCAAUUAACGACCGUAGUAAGAUGCAAAAUUUAUUGAAGAGCAGAUUAUUACAAUAUCAAAGACCAAAUUCAGGAAAAAAAGUAAAAACAAAUAAUAUACAUGUAUACAUAUUGUAUAUCAUAUCUAUCAAAUCUAUACAUAUCUACAUCUAGUUAUGUAUCUAUGGAUAAUAAGAAACUACAAUUUUAAUCGUAUCAAACCUUUGUUAAAAUAUCCACUAUUAAAUCAAGAAACUUUAGUAGAACGUGAGAAAUGACGUUAUUUAUGAACUAUACAAAAAAUGAUUGAGACAUUCGAUAUAAAUAUAAAAAUUCAGAUAAGUACAUAUGUAUAAUAACUAUGUGAACUUGAAAAAGUCUUUCAAUCUUUAAAAAACGCUGAUAUAUACUGUGAAACAUCCUUUCGCUGACGCGAUUAUAUAUCUUUGCAUACCCUCUUUAAGCAGCAUUAUCUCAUCUUUUAUUAACAAGUUAAGAAAAAGUUGAAGAGAAAUUAAAAAUCGCAUUUGAAAGGAAAAUACGAGAAUUGAUAAUGUUAAUUGAUAACAAGGAAAUACAUAUCACAAAUAUGUACUGCGCAAGAGCGAAUGAAUGUAAAAAUGAACAUUUCUAACAUUGGAAUAUGCGAAUUUAGUGUCUAAAAAAAGAGAAUGUUUAUAUUAUAUAAAUGAAUGUUUGAUGACGUCGAAUUGACUGCCUUGUGAACACCCUGUUAAUGAACACUGUGUUUGUUCGUGUUCCUAUGUACAUAAUAUAUAUUUAUAUAAUUCAUGAAUUAUUAUUAUGCAAAUACAAAAAUCUUAUUAUGCACCCGUUUUGAAGGUUUUAUGUGUUUUUUAUGCAUUUACAACUAUUUGCAUACCCCGGUUGCAUGUUGAUAAAGAAAUAAAAAAUAUUGAACCCUUAUACAUGAAAAGAUAAUACAAACUUUUAUUAAUUCCGUGUAUAACCUCAAAAAUGAAAAAGAUAUACAUAUGUCGUAUCACAUAAAUAAGUAGUUAAUUGUGCGCAAUAAUAAGAUACAUGAAAUAAAUGAUUCGAUAGUGAA